ACAGAGAGACAGACUGGUGAAUGAGGGAGAGUGGAGGUGAGGCGACUCAAACAGGCCCCGCUCAAACAACCGGACCGCGUCGCUCUUGUGUGCGAAGCCCGUGUGGUGGCCGCGCGACCAGCGCCGCGUCCUCCUCCGAAUCCGCUUUCGCGUAGUCUAGUCGCGUCGCGUUGUCGAAACAACGAUCGCCCGGUCAGUUUCUGGAGACACGAGUGCUUUCGACCGUAUCUGGGGCCCCCCCGUGACAAUCGGGACCCGUGACAGAGAUAUUCGGUGCGCGCGGGAACGUCUGUGAACGUCACGGAAAACGUGUUUUGUCCGGGUCGUUUGGUGAAGUUUUUGGUGGAUCGUAUCGAACACCGAGGAACGAAAGGUUACGCGCCGGAAGACAGUGACGGGUAAAGUGCGCGUCAAGUUGAAGACCGCGACUCUGUGCUAGGAUCAGUGAUCAUCGAGUGCGAGGUACAGGAACGGUGAUAGGAUUCUCGAUCACGGGGAGAAGAUUAAGGGAGCGUCGCAUUACCAACAGCCGUGGUACCGCGGUUUUCAUGAUUCCCGUUUGACAACGAGACAACAGCCCGCCACCCCGGCACCAGUGAGCUCUAUGACCAUGCUCCAUUCACAGAAGUCGCUGUACGGCGACGCCUGUGGCUUAGGCGGUGCGAUGACCAGCGCUGCGAUGUCCACGAUGGGCAGCAUAGCGCCAACGUACAGCUCGAUAAAUACGGUGGGCUGCGUGUCGAUGGGUAUGUCGAUGGGCGUUGGAGUUGGCCCGAACUGCAGCCCGCAAGGCGCCGGUAGUUUCAACAUGAGCAGCAUGAGCUCGGCCAUGGGGAUGGCCUCUAUGGGCGGCGGUGCCAUGGGAGGUUAUGGGAGCACCUCGAUGGGCGGCGAUGGUGCCUGUAUGACCGCCGUCAGAUAUGGUCCUCUAACGCCAGGUGGCGGACCCGGGAUCAGCAGGGAUCCUCUCUCCUUGACGGAGCCGGAUUCCCCGAAUUCCGCGUUGCAACGCGCUCGAGGCGUGGACAAAUCGUACCGCAGAAAUCUGGCGAGCACGAAACCACCCUACUCGUACAUCAGCCUGAUCACCAUGGCUAUACAAAACGCGCCCACCAAGAUGCUCACUCUGUCCGAAAUCUAUCAGUUUAUCAUGGAUCUGUUCCCGUACUACCGACAGAAUCAGCAGCGCUGGCAAAACUCUAUCAGACACUCGCUCAGCUUCAACGAUUGCUUCGUCAAGAUUGCCCGCACCCCCGACAAGCCAGGGAAGGGUUCCUUUUGGUCGCUGCACCCCGACAGCGGAAACAUGUUCGAGAACGGUUGCUAUCUGCGCCGACAGAAGAGGUUCAAAGACGAGAAGAAGGAACUCACCAGGCAAACGAAUAAGCAUCAGCAGCACCACAAUGGCGCCGCGGUUGCAGCGGCGGCGGCUGCGGUUGCCGCCGCCGGACACAACAGUCCUACGUCGCACGAUCUGGUCCACACAGGUAAGAAGACCCCGUCGUCUCUUCACCACGGGCCCCAGCAACAGGACGAGAAAGAUUUGCAUUCGUUGGUGUCUUCGCAUCAUCACCAUCACGCGGCCAGUUUGCAUCAACACCACGCCGCGUUGAAGAGCGACGCGACGGACAUAGGGGGUCUGCUGGGCCCGGAUUUGGGCGCGGCGCACGACGAACUCACCGCCAUGGUCAGUCGUAGUCUCCAUCCUCACCUGAUCUCCGACCCAGCGGCCCUCCAUCACGGAAUGCCGGGCAGCCUGAAGCAGGAACCGCCGUACACUGCCGCCAGCCAUCCCUUCAGCAUCACCAGGUUACUGCCGGGCGCCGCCGGCACGUCGCCCGGCGCCCAGGACAUCAAACCGCCCGAGAUGAAGAUGUACGAACAGCUGCAUCAAAGCUACGCGAACUUCGGCUCAUCGCAUCAUCCUCACGCGCACUCCGCGCCGCCCAGCCAUCAUCAUCACAACGGGAUGCACGUGGGCUCGAACGCCGCCGGACCUAUGCACAACAUGACCAACCAUCACCAUCAAGAGUAUUACCAGAGCCCGUUGUACCAUCACGCGACCAGCGUGGCGAGCAGUAGCGCGCCCCCGCCGCCCUCCGUCGCCACCGCCGCACCGGGCUUGUGACAUCACGCUACCCACCCCUACACCUUGGCCUGAGUCGUUGCAGCCGCGGCCUAUGCCGCUAACGCUGCACCCGACGUCCCUUCGACCACCGCUAAUUCCUCCGUUCUACCCUCUCACCAUCCAUCGGCCUCUUCGUCCUCCUCCUCGUCAUCGUCCUCUUCCUCCUCGCAGCCGACAGUAUCCGCGUCUCCGUCCGCGUCCGCGUCCUCGGCGUCGCUGCAACCGUUUAUGCUCGAUCAGCGACGUCGCGGACGCUGCGAGGACAACGAACCCGACGCAUGCUGGCCCGACUACGUCGAAGGGGAAGAGGACGACGACGAGGAGGACAUCGUCUGAGCUAUCGCAAACACCAGCAACUUGGACUCCGAGGUACGAGGAGGCGCCCGAACGCAGCCGCGAGUGUUGGUUGGGGGGCUGUUCAGGCGGAAGGUGCGUGGGCGGAAGGGACGUCGCGACCGGGUCCGCGAAACGGGGGUGAUUUAAACCGACGGCACGAGUCGGACAGGCGUUUCAUUCGGUGUACUUACGAACAGGAUGUUCCGUUAUUCGUGGCACAAAUUGGCUAGAUUGUACGCCUCGAAACCAUACGAAAAUUAACAGUAACGAAAUUGCGUAGACGGCUUCGUUUUUGAGAACAUUUUAUGUAAAUACACUCGAGGAGGUACACCACCCACAUGGCUCAUAAAAACAGGUGAAUUUUAAGUUUCUUUCCUAAGGUAAUUAUUACUUAGCGGACAAGUAUUCCCCGUAUAACACGGGUAUGUUGAAAUGUAUAGAGUUAAGUUCGAAAAAUUAACAAAAGUACACUAUUGUUUUCACAACUGGAAGAAGUAUUUUUGUUAAACGAGAGUGUCAUCUCGGUUCGCGAUCCAAAGUAUCAACAACCUCUCGGUAUUUCUAUGUUUCGUGUAUCGUUUCUUCGAUAGAGACUAUUAGUUGGGAAACGAAGUCUUUUCAAGCAAUUUCUUUAUUCUCGAUUUUCGGCUUGUUUCGAGCCAUGCAAUCUGCCUGUCGCGGCGCGUCGAAACGCGUCGGUUUUCUGUGAUACGCGACAACGAUGCACGAGACGAUUCUUUUUUAGCGCGGCUGACCUCGGAGUCUACGUCGUUCCUUUCCACGAUGAAACGCGUCGUCCACGAGCCGAACGAUACGUUUCUUUCGCAAUACACGAGUGCAAUUUCCUUCCUCGGAGGGAGGAAGUUGGGCGAACGAAGGAAGGAAAGCUUUUCGAGGCUACGAAGCGCGACAAAAUUCUUUCCUUUUUUAUACGUAGCGAUAGUUUACUUGUUACGAGACUGCGUUUACGCGAUGUUGGAAGUUGAGUGUGUUUGGUCGUUGAUGGAGUUUGGGGACGAUUAACCUCGAUCGAGCGCGUUAUUUGCUUUUAAUAUGGAUCCCAACACUUUUAUUUUUCUAUUCAGGUUGCCGAAAUUAUCUUCCCGAAGGCAUUUCUCCGAUUCUUUAGUCCGUGUAGGAUGUGUUACUUUCACGAUCCCCAGAAUAAUUUCUGACUCACGUUUAUGUUCCUUCGUGACAAAGAAUAUUGUCAACAAUCGCUAGACGAGCGUUUAUCGACGCGUAGAUUGAUACUAGGAAACGAUAGCAAAGGUCUUUGUAGGAUUAUCUGUUCCUUCGACGACACACGUCUCUUUUACCGGUCGUUGAUCUCGAUUUCUCUGUUCUCGACUAUUGCCACUUAUCGCCGUGCAAUUGCGUAUGCGCGUUUACGACGGAAAGUUUGUUAAUUCGACAAUUAGGCUUUAUCGGGAAUCGAGAUCCGGGCGAGAAGUCACGAUCGCUCUGUGAAUUUUAAACAGGGUGUUCGCGAUUCGCUCGACGAUGUAACAGUUUCCUCUGUUCUCUUUUUUUUAAGCAAACAUUUAUUAAAAGGGCAACCAUCGUAUUACGUCGAACACGUCGAGGAUUUGCUUUCUAUAGAAAACUCGCCCUGCCAGUGGAAAAAAUACAGUUUCGAAAAAAAAACACACAACUUUUUAUUACGCUACUGCACGCCUGUUAUUUUUACGGAUCGAAGUAAAUGGCUCUGCACACGUAUUUUCGAAAUCUUUUACUCGAAGGAAAUGAGUACCCCUUUAACGGCAUGCUGCAACUUCUAACGGCGACGCGACGCAACUUUAGCGAUUCAGAUUGCGAACACUUCGAACUGUCACGCACAAAAAUCUCGAUCUCUCUUCGUUAGGAGAGGAUCGCCGGAUUCGGCUUUGCGCCUCGAUCAUCGCCGAGAAAUCGAGAAGGAGUAAAUGAGAUAAUGAUGGGCGGAGAGCGAAAAAAUGUGAUAACCCGUGAGAAUAAGUCUAAAUUAAUGAACAUAGGCUUGUAAAGACGCCUGUAACCCCGCGUAGGGGCACGCAUUCGUACGUGCAUUGUACUCGAAACACUUCCGAAUAGACAUAAACACGAACGUUAACAUACAUACACGCACACACCGACACAAAAAUCGUAAGAAUUUUGUUGAGAGCGUCGCGCAGGACACGUCCAGUGUUUUUGUAUGAUACGUGUAGAUA